AGGCUAGUCCUCUUUCAAAACCCUCUCCUUACUAGCUGGAUUUAACCCUCCAAACUGACAGAUUCCGAGCUGCAAGACGGCCGAGUCCGUCGCUGGAUCGGGCCGUACGUAUGCAAGGGAGAGUAGGCAAUCGAAAGCCACCAAGUGAAGACGAGGGCGACGACAACGAAGAUGAUGACUCGGCUUUGGAUGGGCACACGGCGUGGUCCCCAAAGCUCCAUAGGGCUCGAGUUACCGAAAUGUCGUCAGUCUCAACGCUCUCUGCCCGGAAUACCACCGAAAGUAGACCGUCUCAGACACCGGCGCAUGCUUCGCGUGCCUCCAGUGAUCAAGGCACGCGGUCAACGAGGAUUUCCCUUCCUAUUGCUCGUUCUCACAAACAGACCAGCAGGCUCAACAGGAAUCAUAGUUCCAGCGAUCAGGAUGAAGAGGAAGACGACAUUGAUUUGUUCUCUCGAAUCCGUUCCCGCAGGGCAGGCCAGCGACGAAGACCCGGCUCUCCAGUUAUAAAAACGGAAGUCAAGACGGAGGACAGCCAAAGUGCCACUUCAUUGCACGAGAUACCGUUCCUCUAAUACACCACAGCUCUCUGGAUAGAUCUGACUUCAUAUACAAAACAAGCCCGCUAAAGUACAACACAAAGAACAACCUCAAAAGGACAACGCUUCUCGGAUA